UGCAUUUUGGAAUUUAGAAACCGGAAGGAAUUUCUGAAGUGCCUCACUCCAAACGACUGCAAUAGUGCACUAUCUAGCAGGAAACUCCUGGCGGUGGCGAGUGGUGAGUGGCGAGUGCAAAACGCCGUCUUCUGAUGUUUCGUGCCCUAACAACCCGCCGACGUGUUGCCACCCGCCUCUUUUCCUCCUCUCGAACUUCCUCAGGUGGCAUCUGCUUCGCUACUUCGUCUGCCGAUGCUGUCGCCGUUGGUGCCGAGACGGGUCUUUAUGGCCUCGAUGUACUCAAGACCGCCAAAGGCUUCCGUCGAUUCGUCGACGAGGCUAUCAGUCGAUCCGGAGAGCUCGUCUCCUACAUCUCUCAGUUGCCACCUUCGAUGGAGGUUAUCCGGGCAAUGGACGAAAUCUCUGAUACCGUCUGCUCGGUUAUUGAUUCCGCAGAACUGUGUCGGAACACCCAUCCUGACAGGGAAUAUGUGGAGGAAGCAAACAAGGCAUCAAUGAGAAUAAAUGAAUAUCUCCAUUUCCUAAAUACAAAUAAUAGUUUGUACACUGCAAUAGUGAAAGUUGAGCAUGGAGGUGCUCUACAUACGGAAGAAGCUCAAAGGGCAGCACAUGCCUUGCGUGUUGACUUUGAAAAUGGUGGCAUCCAUCUUUCUGACGAGAAACUGCGACGAAUCAAUAAAUUGAAAAUAGAGAUAGCUAAGUUGGGUAAAGAGUUCAAUGAAAACAUUAUACUUGAUCCAGGUUCUGUUGACAUAUUUCCAGCUUCACGCAUACCUAAAAAUAUUCAACAUCUUUGUAGAACCAUAUAUAGGCCAGUUCCUUCAGAUGGAUCUUCUAAAUCAUGGAUUACAAGAAAAGAGAAGGGCUAUCGAAUCACUACAGACUCCAGUACUUUAUCCUCAAUUUUGAAAUGGGUGUCAGAUGCUGGGGUAAGAAAACAAUCAUACAUGAAGGGAAAUUCCAUGCCACAUGCAAAUCUUGAUGUUCUCAAUAAACUUAUAAAUGCUCGUCAUGAACUGGCACAGAUAAUGGAAUAUAAAUCUUAUGCUGACUUUGCAAUUCGUCCUAACAUGGCUGGGUCACCUGACGUUGCUAUGUCAUUUUUGCUUGAUUUGAGCAAACAUGUGAGAUGCAAAGCUGAUGAGGAGUUCAAUGUAAUACGAGAAUGCAAGAGACAAUACUUGAAUGACAGAAAUGCAGAUUUGGAGCCAUGGGAUGAGGCAUACUUUGUAGGAAUGGUGAAAUCUUCUGCAUACAGCUUGGACUCGUCAGUCAUUGCAUCAUAUUUCUCAUUGUCUCGGUGCCUUGAGGGAUUGAAAAUGUUAGUUGAAUCGUUAUUUGGGGCAACAUUUUGCCAAGUUCCAAUGAUGCCAGGGGAAUGCUGGCAUCCAGAUGUAGUGAAGCUAUCUCUUCAUCAUCCUCAGGAGGGUGGUUUAGGUUUCAUGUAUCUGGAUCUUUAUUCCAGGAAGGGCAAAUAUUCUGGCUGUGCACACUUUGCUAUAAGAGGAGGGCGCCUGAUAUCCAAGUCAGAAUACCAGCUUCCUGUUGUUGCUUUGGUUUGUGAUUUCAUAGGUUCACCUGGAUCAUUAACUUCAAGGCUCAACCACUAUGAGGUUGAAACUCUUUUUCACGAGUUUGGUCAUGCUCUUCAUUCUCUUCUCUCGAGAACGGAUUAUCAGCAUUUCUCUGGUACCAGAGUUGUUCUUGAUAUUGCUGAGAUACCUUCAAUCCUUUUUGAGUAA